GCGGUUGUUGAGCUCAAGUAGCAAUUACGGCACGAAGAAGUAUGGAAUGGCCGUUACAGAAUGCGACGACAGGAAAACCUGUCACCACCCCGACGAAUCAAGAUAUUCUGUUGGCUGCCGCCGAGGCGGCUUCGCGAGAAGCGCCGGAAAUGGUGGCGUCUUUUGUUGCAGGGAUGAAAGCGUGCCAAAAUUGGCGAUCGGAAUAUGUCGCCUUAAUGGAAGCGUUCGUCCGAAUUCAGGCCAACGUGACGCCGACGACGGCAGUCGCAAUGUGUCGUGCGGGACUGGUGGAAGCGACGAACGCCUUUCGUUUUCACCGUGACGAUGCACAGUCUGCUCCAUUUGCCGAAGCCUUUACUCAAGAAUGGGAGGCUCUGGAGACGGAAACAUUCAGAGGCUCACAGAACUCGACGGAAAAAGUGCAAUUUGCGUUAGCGUCGCCGCAUGGGACCGACGCCAACCCCAUCUUUGUCAGUGGAGCCGAGGCGGUAGCCCAGCUCAAAGUCUGGAGUGACUACGGAUGCAUGGAACCUUCCGCCGCAGAACACGCCACACGGGUUUGCACCAUGAAAGACAUUUCUUCGCUGGUCCGGGGUAAAACCUUCGUUCUUUUGGGCGUAACGUCAGAAAUGGGGCCAGCAUCCACGCUGCUCAAGAUUCCUGGGGCGCACGUCAUCGGAGUGUCCCGAUCGGGUCCAAAGUUACAAACGCUAGUUGACUUUUUGCAUCAGAGCGGUUUUUCCGAUACAAUCUUGCAAGUUCCCAAAGGAGGGGCUGAUUUACUGAAACAAGCGCCGCAAAUUUCUCGAUGGAUUGUUGAGUCAGCUCCCAAAGAUCGUCCUAUUAUUAUCAUGCCAUUGGCUUACAUGGACGGGGAGGCAAAUGUCCGUGUCACCAUCGCCAUGGACGGAAUCGUAAACUACAUACGUGAACGACGAAGCGACGUAUCUCUAACAUACUUGACAUCGCCGACCACGGUAUACGCCAUCCCUCGCGAAGCAGCGAAUGACUCGAAACGGCGACAUGACGAAGGAAACAUUUACAUGAGAGCUAUCAAUCUCAUGUCACUGGGCCGGCUAGCGAAACCUUCGAAUGUUUGGUUAGGUGAAACAGGCUCCUUGCUUAUCUACAACGGCUUGCUUCAUUUGCAAGGUCCGAACUAUGCACUGGCCAAGAUCAUGCAGCAAUGGCGCUGCAUGGUAGCGUACGAAGAGGGCAUUAUUGUGGCCGCCCCACACGCGCCAGGAACUAGAACUUACUCCGUCGUACAUUCUUUGCAAGCGGCGGCAGCACUUGAAGGAUUUCAGUAUAUGGAGCCAAUGAUUGCAUUCGACGUCCUCCCUUGCUCGACACUAAUGACCGCCAUUAUCCUCGAUCAGGUGAACGAAUGCAGCCCCGCCAAACUGAAGCAUCCAAUGGAACUGUUUAUGGAUGGCUCCGUACACGGGGGGUUAUGGCGUUGUCCUUUCAGCUCCGAUUCGAUCGGUCCGUUGGCCUACGUCCUUGGCCAGAUGAUUGCAAGGAAAGGCUGGUGCCCAUCUGGCGCCUUGGCGUCGCAACCUUUGGCUUCUCAGGAGUCCACUUGA